UUACAUGGAAAAGAGGUCUUUCCCAUGAUGGCUGAGAAGAUGGCGGCGGCGAGGCUCAGAUCAGCAUUUGCCCAGUGCAGAAGACCAUUGCAGAAAGGUAUACAUAUGCAGAGAUGCUUUUCAUCUGCUGCAGUUGAAUUGGAUUCAGUUGAUCCCAGAGACAAAGAUACCAAAAAUAUGCUGAAAAGCAAGGAUUUCUUUGAUGUGAAGUCUCUAGUCAAACUUAGUGAUUUGUUCAAUGCAAGAGUGCACUUAGGACAUCAUGAAGGAUGUUGGAAUGGUCACAUGAAGCCAUAUAUUUAUGGCUCAAGAGCACAUCAUCACAUUAUCGACUUGAAUAAAACAAUAAAUCAUUUGCAGGUCGCACUGAAUGUCUUAUGUCACGUGGUUUAUCGAAACGGAAUUGUUUUGUUCCUUAAUACUCAUCCUCGUUUUGAAUAUCUAUACCAGAAAACAGCCCGUGAGGCUGGUGAAUAUUGCAUUACACAGAAGUGGCGUGGCGGAACUCUUACAAAUGCUGCAAAACUGCUUGGACGCGUGAGGUUACCAGAUCUUAUAAUUACUUCAAGUAUAAACUCAUUUGGCGAAAAUUUGUUACCUCUGAAAGAGGCUGCGAUGUGUAAUAUCCCAACAAUUGGUAUUGUAGACACUGAUUGUGACCCAAGGCUUAUAACUUACACAAUCCCUGGGAAUGAUGACACACAAGAUGCAAUGGAGCUUUACUGUCAUCUUUUUAAGACUGCUAUACUCAGAGCAAAAGAAUUGAGAGACAAAAUGUCAUAGCUCUUGUGGUUCAGUUUUCUGAAAAGCUCAACACGUUUCAGACAGAUAAGGUAAACUGUUUUAUUACCAUGGAUAUUAAUUAAAUGAAAAGCGAAUGUAGUUUAUUAUGAUUGAUACUUGAACAAGUCUACUGAAAAGGGUUGCAAUGGGGCAGUUUCCCUAAGGUCAUCCAUGGUGAUGGUAGAGUAUAUUUCAUGUGUCGGUUUGAGCUGAGAUCAACAUUUUGGUUCAGGAAAAAGAAAAUAUCAAAGUAAUAAUAUUGAUGCAAUUAAAAAAAUCCACCU